AUGAAACGCUUCGCUCUUGGUGAUGGUGAUGUACCAGUGGUAGUUGAUCUAGUGUCUGAUGGCGAAGAGGAGAGAGUUCGCCCUGAUGAUGGUGAACGGGACUGGUCGGAUGCUGAGACAGUGGUCGAUGAGACCCUACCUCCCCAGGUUGAGCGCAGUGAAGGUGUUGAGACUCCUCCACUACCGAUGGAGGUCAACGAGGGUGCGAUAGGAAGUGAGGAAGAGGUCGAGGAGGGUAGUGAGGGAGAUGAAGAUAGUGAUGGAAGUGAAGAAGAUUCGAGUGAAGAGGAUGUGAGUGAAGAGGAAGAAUCGAGUGAACAAGAGGGUGGUGAUGGUGGUGAGGGUGAAGAAGAGGAUGUUGAUGGUGGUGAGGGGAUGGCAGUUGCUGCGGACGACGAUGAUCUGUCUUCCGGGUCGGAGGAUGAUGAUGAGGUGGGCUUCGUCGAGUCCGAAUCUUCUGACGACUCGGGCUUCAGGUCAGUAUAUCAGGGGUCAACUGUGGACUGGGUGGACGCGGUUGAAUACGACGGCGUUUCCAGCAGUGGAGACGAGACAGCCUCGUCGAGAACAGCCUCCGUAUGUAGUGAAAGAUAUGGGUUCUGUGUUGAUUGGGCUGGCCAUCGUAUUCCCCGUGACUUUGGCCUGGAUUCCCCGCGGUCUCCUGAGAAUCCUGAUGAUCGUGGCAACUCAGCGAGGAUUAUGGAGGAUCAGCGCCCCCCUCAAAUUACACCACCAGGGGUGACAUAG